GAAAUCUGGAGGAAGCAGGAAAUCAUAAAGUUAUUGAGGCAACCCAGGGGCAGAAAAGUCAGGAAAGAAAUUUUACCCGCGUUUCUUCCCAAGCCUGCUUCAGAAAUAGCAGCAUAUUUUAAUCGGAGGUUUAUGUGGCUAUGCGGACCGAGCCAUCCACAAUGACAGAUGUGGAGGCUGGGGUCGUCAACUUUGCAUCCUCAGCGAGGGCAGGCCGCCGGAACGCCUUGCCAGACAUCCAGAGUUCGGCCACUGCGGGGGGAACCUCAGAUCUGCCCCUCAAGCUGGCAGCUCUCUCCAUGAAGGAAGAUGAGAAAAAGCAAGAUGAAGAAACAACACAAGACCCAUCAGAAAAGCCCACAAAUGAAGGGAAUGAAGGCUCAUAAUCUAAGAAGAGUGCUGGAUUCCUGCCCAUUUAAAGACUUAGUGACUCUGUUUCUCUGAGAUGUUUGAUCUGGUGGUAACUAUGGUAACACUGCAGCCCUAAGCAACAUGUGUGUAUUAGAUGUUUUUGCUGUGAUGCUGAUCACUUGGAUUGCAACAAUGAUGUCCAAUGGAGGCCAUCAAAAGGCAGGUUCCUUCCAAACCGCACCCAAGGACAAAGGUUAAGAAUGCAUGAUCACUCAAAUACAUAUCAUUGUCUAUAAACCCAACAAAGUUCACUGUACUUUCUUGGAUUCAUUUAGCCACAUGUACUUUUAAUUCAAUUUUUAUGGUGAUGGGCUUAUGUGAUAGGUUUACAAUGACCAUUCCUUGGUAAAUGUAAAGCAAACACCUUUAUUUUAAAACUUUAUGGAAUUUGUAGGAAAUUAGGUUUUUCGAUGAGAAUAGUCAAAACUCACAUGGAUAUAGUAUGUUUGCUUUUAAUCAAAAUACACCAGAUUCUUUCCAAACCUUAAAAAAGAUGUGAAAACAUUAUUAAAGUUUGAUAGCAUAAACAUCUUUAGGAUGUUUUUGUCUGAUAUCUUUUGCUUCUAGUCUGUGCAUACUGUGAUUUUUCAUGUGAACCCCUAUGCUAAAAAAUUUGUGACAGAUUGUUUAUAUGGAACAUGGCUAUUAAAUGAGUUUUAUUAUCUUCCUUAACUUUUGUGUGUGUACGUGUAUGUGUGUGUGUGUGUAUAUGUUUUACUUUAAUGUUAAUUAUACAAAAUACCUUACGAGUUGCUAUACUCUAUCUUUUCUUAUUCUUGGGGUUUUUGUGUAUGUAUGAUUUGUUUCUAAAAUGAUUUCCUCAGGAAUGAGGACCUUAAUUUUUCUAUCUUUCCUAAAGUAUUGAUAGCUAACAGAGCAAUAGGCACUUACAUAUUUAGUCAAUUAUAUAGGUAGACAUAGCAAAAUAUAUCCUUUUAAUGUAUAUGGAAAUAUAUAUUUUAAAGGAACAAAAACCAAAGCUUUAGCAGAUUUUAAUUUAUUAGACAUUUUAGAAAAAUUACAGAAUUCUGAAUUUUUUAAUUUGAAUAAUGAAUUUAUUUUCACUUUCAGAAAUAUGUGCAUGUAGCUACAUUUUCUUUGAUUGCUGUCUUAGACCAAGUCUGUAUACAAUAGCCAAAUAAAUUCUUUCACCAUUAAAGAAAUUUAUUAUUGACA